UGAAACCCAUUCAAACAUUCUCUCAAUUCAACUCAAACCAUAACAAAAGCGAAGCAAGCCCAAAAAGAAAACCCCUUUUGGUUCUUUUCCAGCUUCCCUUUUCUUUCUCUUUUCUUCUUCAAUUCUUCUUCUUAUUCUUGAAGUUGAACUAAUGGCUGCAAAUGUGAACUUUGACAUGCCACAUAGCAGAAUAAGCACCACGCUCAUCACGUACCCUCAUUGGUAUUCACCAAAAAAUGGAAUUUACCGUAGCAAACACCUCUCUUUGGAGCUUCCCAAAGACCCUUUUACGGACCUUGUUUCCUUCGUCUUUUCCCACCGCCAUAAUGGGGUUUCAGCCCUUGUUGAUUCCUCAUCUGGGUCUUCAGUUUCUUACUCAAAGUUGCAACCUUUUGUCAAAUCCAUGGCCUAUGGUCUUCACAAAAUGGGUGUUUCACAAGGUGAUGUGGUUCUGCUUUUGCUUCCAAAUUCCAUUUACUAUCCCAUUGUGUUCUUGGGUGUUCUGUGUUUAGGUGCUGUUGUUGCACCAUUGAACCCUCUAAGUAGUGUCUCAGAGAUACAUAAACAAAUCAAAGAUUGUGGUGUGAGUUUUGCUUUCACUGUGCCUGAAAAUUUCAAGAAACUAGAACCAUUAGGAAUUCCCGUUGUUGCUGUGCCAGAAAAUGAGGAGGGUUUGAAGCUUGAUUGUUUCUCAUGUUUUAGUAACAUGAUUUCUGGUGAAUUUGGUUUUUCGAUGAGGCCAGUGAUUCGACAGGAGGACACUGCUGCUAUAUUGUAUUCUUCAGGGACGACUGGGGUGAGCAAAGGAGUUGUUCUAACACAUAAGAACCUUAUUUCUAUGAUUGAGCUUUUUGUGAGGUUUGAAGCUUCUCAAUAUGAAUACUCUUGCUUGAACAAUGUGUUUCUAGCUGUUCUUCCAAUGUUCCAUGUGUAUGGUCUAUCGCUUUUCGCUUUGGGGUUACUGUCUUUGGGUUCCACAGUCAUUGUAAUGAGGAAAUUUGACAUUGAUGAGGUUAUCAAUGCAAUUGACAAGUUUAAGGUUACACACUUCCCGGUAGUUCCGCCUAUGUUGACAGCAUUGACAAGGAGAGGAAAGGGUGUUAAUGGAAGUAAUUUGCAGAGUUUGAUACAAGUCUCCAGCGGUGCAGCACCUUUGAAUGAAAGUGUUAUUGAAGACUUUGUGGAAACAUUUCCUCAUGUUGAUUUUAUACAGGGUUAUGGAAUGACCGAGUCGACUGCGGUAGGAACACGUGGCUUCAAUACUGAAAAGUUGCACAACUAUUUGUCAAUAGGAUUGUUAGCUCCAAACAUGGAGGCAAGAGUUGUAGACUGGAGUAGCGGUGAAUUCUUGCCUCCGGGAAGCAGUGGUGAGCUUUGGUUGAGAGGACCUGCAAUCAUGAAAGGGUACUUGAAUAAUGAGGAAGCGACGAUGUCAACAAUCGAUAAAGAUGGUUGGCUGCGUACUGGUGAUGUUGUUUAUUUUGAUCAGGAUGGGUAUUUGUAUAUUUCAGACCGCUUGAAAGAUAUCAUCAAAUACAAGGGCUUUCAGAUUGCCCCUGCUGAUUUAGAAGCUGUGUUAAUCUCACAUCCGGAAGUUGUUGAUGUUGCAGUUACAGCUGCCAUGGACGAAGCAGCCGGGGAGAUUCCAGUAGCAUUUGUGGUCAGGAAGGUCGGAAGCAUGAUUUCUGCAAAGCAAAUAAUAGAUUAUGUUGCUGAGCAGGUUGCUCCAUACAAGAAGGUUAGGAAAGUGAUCUUCAUUAAAAGGAUACCAAGAUCUCCAACUGGGAAGAUCCUUCGGAGGCAGCUUAGGAAUUUCUCCACUUCUAAACUCUAAAAGAACCCAAAACAAAAAAGGAAUUCUUUUAGCAGUGGCUUAUCCUCAAAUUUUAUUCAUGUUGAUGGAAACCAUUCUGUUUUGGUUCUUUUCCAAUUAUUUUGAGAAAUUCUUAGGUGCUUUUGAGCUUUACACAUAUUAUGCAUACCACUAUUAAAAAAAAUGACAUAAUCACCUAAGAAUUUGUCAAUUCUUGAAGGAUAAUCCAAGAAUUUGUGUACAUAUCUGAAUAAGGAUCCUUUGAAAUAAGUGGUCAAUAGAUUCAAUUCAAAUACUGGAAAUUAA